AAAUUUUUUAUCUUGUAAUUCGAUCAGUCUAUAAUAAAUUUAUAAUACUAUACGCGCAAAAGUAUGUCCAUGAACUACACAUGUAAUCAAUUCGACAAAGCGUAUCAACCGACGAGAUUGGGAAAUUGGGAAGUUCCGAAAUGGCAUCUCAAUCGUCCAAAAGGUCGUUCGACCGUCACAAAAGUCAUUGCUAACGAUAGGGGACAUUUGCUGCCCGGGGUUCAAAAAACCGAUCAGAAGCACUGGGCAGGACUUUACUUGGGCACGUAUCAGUUGCCGAAACGCAUCUCAAAAGAAAUCGCUACAGAAUUGUCCGGUCCGAAGUGUCAGACGUGGAUGAAACGUUCAUAUCACCACCCGUUUAUCGACCGUAGCCAACGAAACAAGACCGAGAAAGGCGAGAACAAUAACAAACUGGAGCUAAUUAACGUCAAUAAAGAACAACGACAACAACUUAAAGCCAACGAAGAAACCGACAGAGAUUCGAUUAAGUCCGUCAAGUCUUCGGUUUCGGACAUGCCGGCGCCGAACGUUUCCAGGAUCGAGACGGUCAGGAAUUGCGCUUCGGCGGACGGCCGUGGACCUUUGAAUUCGACAGCAGACGAUGACGACUGCGACAGCGGCGGCGAUAAUGCGCGCAGGACAAGACAACGUGGAGCGGUCAACGGCUGCAGCGGCGCCAAAUCACCGUCCAGCCCGGCGCUGAGCCGCAUAAGCGCGAGCUGUGGCCACUUGCCGGUGACGGGCAUGAAAGACGAAGACGACGGCGGAAGGCCGCCGGUGGCAGAUGACGAACAGCCGACCGGACGCCGGUUCGGGGACGCGCAGAGACAUCACGGACUUCCGGACGCCAUCGAGGACGCGGUGUACCGGUCGCUGCAGACGAAAAGACACAAACACCCGGGACUGGGUCUGAACGGUUGCUGGCCCAAGUGUUCCGCGGUAGCGUACAAGUCGUUCAACGAYCCGGGCCCGACGCAGUGCAGCAAGCUCCGGGUGUACAGGCCAAAGACGUCGUCGCCGACUCAGUCAUCGGCCGAUGGCGGCGACGGCGAGAAAAAAGACCCAGCCCGGAGGCGCAACAAAAAUUUAUCACGGCCCAAAACGUGCGGACCCGUCAUGACGGCCCAACAGCUGACCGACAUCAAGCUGGCCUUGUGCUGGGAUCUGGAUGCGCCGUUCGACCGAAACCGGCCACCGCGGCCGCCUGACGAGCCGGCCGUAUUCCACAAGGUUCGGCAGCAACUGCAACAGCAACUGCAGCAGUCGCGUGAAGGUGGACCCGCGACGGGCAAACCGCAAAAUUCGUCGGCCGUCAUGGGCUUUGUGCGGACGACCGAAAACCGUAACGUCAACGGCAAUGGCGACGGUGAAGGAGAAAUGGUGCCUGAAGCGCGACGGACGCAGACCCGCGAGUGUCUGAUGAAAAAUCGCAAUCUGUCGGCCGUCAUGGAACUGAUAUCAAAUAAAGACCGCGAGGAUGGCCGUAGACCCACGGCCGCAGCGGAUGYGGAAGACAGCAAUGUCACCGCAGCCCCGAACCGAACUUCUCUCUCGAACAAACCAUCGUCGUCGUCGUCGUCGUCCACGUCCGCGCGUCACGGCAAAAACGGUUUGGAUGUAAACGACCGGAAAGACGACGUAUCYAAAUCCGAAGACAACAACCGUGACUCCGACCACGACGAUAACAACCACCAACAUGAGCACGACGACCAUCAUCGCAAGUCGAAUAAACCCGAUGCAGCGCACUGUCCCGACGUCGGUUCGCCAUCCGACMGGCGGCGCCGUCAUAACAGGCCGGCGCAACAGUGCAGCAAUUCCGCCCAGGAAAAGGAACCGAAACCCAAGUGGCAUGGCCGACACUCCUACCGGCCUUGUCUGGCCUGUGACGACCCGAACGUGGCAGCGGGCACCAACUUCAAGAGGGACGAAGAGUGCGAGCACUACAAAAUGGCGUUCAAGGCGGGCGUGCCGGUCAGCACGCCGGUCAAGCUGCGGACUGCCGCAGCCGGCAAACCGGCCAAGCACCUCAAAGUGCCCAAGCCGAAGACCACCAACUCAGACAAGAAGAAGUACGUCAUCGGCACGCUGCUGCCGCCGUUCUCCAUGUGGCCGGGCACCACAGCCCGUGACUACCCCGAACACUGGAGGCUGACGUCCGUGUACAGGCAAGCGUUCAAGCCGCUUGAGCUGCGCAAACAGCCUCUGCUCCAGACCAUUUACCUGUGAAGACAG